AUGUUACCGGUCGGAUGCGUGUUUCGAUCACGUUUUGUGGUUUGUUGUUCGGAGUUGGUCAGAGGUUUCGGUGUGGACGUGUGUAUUGGUGUCGGAAUGUUUGGUUGGCCAGCGGUGGGCGAAACGGUGGAUUUCAUGGGAAGUCUCUCGUGGACAUUGAGUAUCGCAAUGUUCGGACGGCUCUUUGCUGUGGUUGUAGUGUGA